GGCGGGGGCGCCGUCGCUCGCCGGCCGAUGCCGGGUCCCCGAGCCCCGCGGAGGAGGCGGGACCGUCCGCAGCGGGACAGGCUCUGCGAGGGCUGUGAGGCUGGCCCGGUCUCCCCUGCCUGGCAAUUGCCCGCAGAACUAUGGAGAGCCUGAGUGAACUACAGAACCCACUGCUGCCUGGGAGCCCCGCCCACCUCCACAGCCCCGCCCACCUCCGCAGCCCUUAUCCCUACGCAGAGGCCCCGCCCAGCUGGUCCUACCAGGAGAAGCUCUACUCCUACCUCCUGGGUGGUGCUGGCCCUGCUCACACCCACCAACUCUUGGACCCAGGGUCCCUGCAGCUGGCUGUGGAGGCCUGGUAUCGGCCCAGCUGCCUCUUGGGAAGGGACAAGGUCAAGGAGCCCCGGGCAGGCAGCUGUGAGACCAGCUUCACAGAGGCCAAGGAGCCCCAGGCAGGGCCUACAGAGCAGUGCACGGAACCUGGCCAAGCUGAAGAGGAUGUCACUAUCCAUACUGUGUCCUACGGGGUUCAAGAGGAGCUGCAGGGCCAGGAGGACAGCCAGGAGGAGGAGGAGGAGGAGUCUGACAGGGCUGGGGUGACCCCACUGUUCCACAGAGUGAGGCAACCUCCACAGAGAGUGAAAGUGAAGACAACUUCCUCAGGCUGCCUCCCAGGGACCACCUGGGUCUUACUCUCUUCUCCAUGCUCUGCUGCUUUUGGCCACUGGGCAUCGCUGCCUUCUAUUUCUCCCAGGGGACCACCAAGGCCAUCUCCAAAGGGGACUUCCGCCUGGCCAGCACCACCUCCCGCCGGGCCCUUUUCCUGGCCACACUCUCCAUCGCAGUGGGGGCUGGCCUCUAUGUGGCUGUGGUGGUAGCUCUGGCAGCUUACAUGUCCCAGAACGGACAUGGCUAGUGGCCAGUAGAACCUGCAUCCUGAUUCCCCUGGUCUACCUGAGGAAGCCGCGGGGCUUGGGGCUGCAGACCACGAAGAGUCCUGGCCCCCAGAACCGUGAACGUGGCGUGCAGAGCUCAACCUUCACUUCUUCCCACCCAUUGCUCCCAGCCUCGGAGCAGGCCAGGACCACUGACAGGAAGCAGAAUCAGGGCUGUCCACCCUGCCUACAAAGGCCUAGCCUGGCCCAUUCUGCUCAUCCUCUAUAGGGUCUCCCACCCUGAAGGCAGCCCACCAGCUACUCACCAGCUUCCCCACAGAGAAAGAGCAGGAGGUUCCAGGGAAGGAAAGGGGUUGCCAGGGGACAGGAGUCCUUACCUACUCCUUUUAGCCCAUUGGGGUCUUCACCUGGGGACAGCUUGAGCAGCUUCUCCCAAGUCUACUCUCUGGCCCCAUGGUGCCCCAACCCAGUCAGUCAGGAAGGAAAAACAUGGAGACGAGGUGCACUGUCUGAUUCUGGGAACUGUUUGUCUCCCCUGUGAGCAAGUAAGACAUUAGACCCUGGAUAGAGAAGGGAGUCUCAGCAUGUAAACUCUGAACCAAGGGCAGGACCCUGGAGCUGCAAGAACAAAAGGCGAAUGCAAAGGCAGAGAGACCUAGGGCCCUGAAACACUGCUGGACCUCACGGGCCUCCCCCUGUGCCCCAGAUCCCCACUCCUACCAUCCUUUCUAGGCUUUGCCUGGGGGGUCCGAAGCUGCUGUCCUCCCAGGGAGACUGAGAGAACAUGCCCUCAGCCCAGCCACAGGGCACAGAGCCCUAGGUCCAGCCUUCAGGAAAGAUGGCAAGGAAAGGGGGGAUGAGUCUAGAGGAGAGGAGAGUCCCAGGAGAGGGGAGUGCUAAGGAGCCAGCCGAACUCAGGAGGAUCUUUCCAGAGAAGGGGUCCUCUGAGCAAGGCCUAGAAAGAUGAGUAGAAUCCUCCUAAGGGAAUUGUUUCCACAUAACUCCUUGUCUCGGUGGGCAGGGCUGUGGCAAGGGCCCCCCUGGGGUUUCCAAGCUAUUUAGAUGCUGCCUGAAACAUUCAAGCUGGAGCCAAAUGGCAGCCAUUUCUGAGUACUCUGCCAACAUAAGGAGCAAGGUUGAGCUGCUCUCUCAAAGGCCAGUAAUGUUUUCUCAUCUCUGAAUGCUGGGGGUUCAGUGGUUGGGCCCAUGGCCAGGCUAGGGGCAUUGUCACUGAUAUGUCAGGGUUGCUCUUGACACCUGCCUCCCACCCCCACCCAUCAGGCAGACAGGCAGGCAGCACCUUGGGAAGGCAGGCCCCUGGGGGCUCCAGUUACGAGAUGAUUGCUGCAAGAUUUGGGGAAUGUGGUUAUUCCUGUGCCCCGUCCAGAGCUCAGAUGGGGUUAUGGCUCUACCCCCCACGAAUCCUUGUCCCACAUCUUCCCUUACAUUAUGCAUCACCCAGCCCUUCAAUCCCUGCAACACUGGCAGUUUUAAUUCCCCUUAUUGUAUUUAUUUAUCCUGGUAAUAAACUUUUCUG